ACUAACAAUAAUUUAACUUUCUCAAAAUUCCAAAUCUCUCUCUCUUCCAAUUCAAUAGGCAUUCAUCCUCCUCUGUUCUGUAACGCACUGGAAAACAGAGAGUCCAUUAAGCGAACUGCGAUCAGAGCCAGCGAACCCAAAUCCGAUCAGUCAGCUUAUCGGCAUCAGCAAAAAAAAUUACUGCGAUCAGGCAAGUUCGUAUCACUUUUAUGGGUCGUUACCUUCCGUGCAACCCAAACUAUGUGUCCAAGCGCGUUCGGGUACCCGCAGGUGUUUGGAGUUGGCCUCAGGCCGGCCCAAACCGAAGAGCCUUGGGGAGUCCAUCUGCUGCGAAGGAGGGCGCGGCUAGGUUGCGGGAAGAGAGCCGGAAGAAUAGGAUCGCGCAAAUCACAGGAAUUAGUUUCCAUAAUCAAUAGUUACCGUAAUUAUGUAAAGGGAUAUGUAUAAAUAGAGAGGAUCCGAACGGAGAACCCCAAGCAAAACCUAGGGUGUAAUUUCAUAAUUCUCGGGUUCUCGUUUCUAAAUUGUUUUUACGAUCCACCUGUCAAGUCGGAUUAUUUGGUGGAAUUCUUGUCCAUCAAAUUGGUGCUCUUGUUGAGAGCUCAAGAAAUUCGCUCAAGAAGAAACCUUCCGAAGAACAAUGGUGCAAACCCGCAGUAAUGCUAAUUAGCCCACCAGAAAUCCUCCUCAAAGGGAAACUAGCGCCACCAAGGGUCACCACCUCCCUAUCAGCGUGACGGAGGCCGAAGCUCUCAUGUAGCGGAUCGGGAUCACGUCUGAUCAGUUCAAGGAGGUGGUGGUGGCCCUGGCCCCAAACCAGAAAAUCGUGAUGGACGAUGUCACAGGGGCGCAGGUUCGGGGGAAGGCCGGACCUGCGGGUUCUGAGGGAAAGAAGAAGAAAAAGACCAGGCACUCUUAGAAGAAGAAAGCAAAUAAGCCUAAUGGAAGGCGCCAAGGUUGGACGAGGAAGGAAAGUCGUCCUUGUUCGAGCAGGCUUCCGCUUUCGAUCGGCUUUCGAUCGGCUAGGAGGCCGCAAAUAGAAGAAACCACGGACCUCCGUGUUCACCCGACCGCAUGAUAACUGGUGAGCCUAGAAAGGGGACCUGAGGGAAAAGCUCAAGGAACGAUGGGAGGAGUCCUCAACGACGUCCAAGGCCCACUCGGAAGGAAGGCAAAAGGCGAUCGUGGACAAAGACACGGUCAAGCUGUGGAAGACAAUCAACCGACUUGAAAAAUGGUUAGACGCCCGAAAUCCUUAUCGCCAGGCAGUUUUUGAUGAAGUAACCCCCUUCUCGAAGAGGGUAAUGUCGUGCCCUCUCCCCGAAAAUUUUAAGAUCCCUCAUAUCAAGGCGUAUAAUGGGACGACCGAUCCCCAGGAUCAUCUGGCUGGCUCGCUUUCAGGCGAAUGUGGUCAUGUAAGCGGACCCGGAGGAGAUUUAGUGCCGCUGUUUCUUGGCAACCUUGGAAGGACAAGGAGUGGUUUCACAAGCUGCCAAGGGGAUCGAUCGAUGAGUGGAAGGACUUAGCCCACAAGUUUUUGGAACAUUUUGUGUGAAGCUGGAGGCAAAAGCUCCCCUACUCCCACCUGGUCAACAUCAUGAUUCGAAAGGGGUAGCAACUCCAGGAUUUCAUCACUUGGUGGGAGAAGGAGGCUAAAGACGUCCAAGGAGCGAAUGCUCAGGCUUUGAUCGCCAUGCUCCAAGCGACACUCCCCGCAGGGGAUGUGCGCAAGGAGCUUCGAUGGAACCUGCUUCCUACAUACCACGAGAUGUUGGAUUGGGCUAGGUACCUAGCACUGGAAGAAGAGGACGAUGAGGCACCUGCCCAGAAGGAGAAGAAGAGUGUUCAGCCAGCAGGCGAUGGCAUGGCAGGAAAAGGAAGGAUUUUGGGAGGGGCCUAAAUCCUAUAGGUUACCAGGCGAGCAGGUCGCUAGUCCACGCGGCCCAAACCCUACCAGCCCCUCCCGUGGUCGGAAAAGCUAUAGCAUCCAAGGCGCUCCAAAAUAUUGCGAGUACCACCGUAACAGCACCCACAAUACGUUGGAGUGCGUUACGCUAAAGGAGAUGGAUCAGUUGAUAGCCAGGGGACCACCGCCUUGGGCGGAGCGACAAACGCCGGGAAAUAGGAUAUGGAGAAGACCAGUUGCUGCUGCUGCCGUGAUCACAAAUGGGGAAGGACAGGCGGACGGAUGAAGGCAUUUGGGAAGAGACUGCAAAGAUCUAGAUGAAGAUGAAAGGCAGAAUCGACGGUAUUUGGGGUGUCGAUUCAUCAUGGGAGGUAAUACACGAGGAGAUUUGGUAUUCUCCCAGAAGAAAUAGAAGAACAUGGUUCACCUGACCGAGAUACAUAGGCCACCACUGCCCAAGAAGAAGAGGAGAGAGCUGAUAAUUUUUUUCUAAUUUUGCACAUAUAAGCCAAGAUACAAAGGCCACCACUGAAAUAUGAACUAUCAUUGAUAUAUCUUGUUCAGGGACAACAUUUACAAGCAUACCAUGAUGUUUACAUGCUGAAUUUUAAGUUUAAGAGGCUGAAUUUCCUAAAAAUCUGAUCUAAAGUGUUCAUUCUUUUGAAAAAUCUGCAAUGAUUUACUGAUUUGAAUGUUGAUUAUAAGUUCUUUAGCUGCUUCUUUGUUGAUAUUUGAACUUUGAUAGUUUAAAGCUUGCAUAGAAACAUAUUCUGGAGCAGCAUGUUUUUUACAAUCUGCUUUUGUUUUUGUUUUCACUGCUUGGGAGUGAAUAGAGACCAAAUUUCCUGAAAUAUGAUUUCUAGUUUAAAUGUGCACUUAGGAUUUGAUUUUAGGUUCUUAAUUGAGCAUCCAGUGACGAUCUUGGUGUAGAAAUUGUCAACCAAAGCUGAAAUCAGAGUACUAAUGCUUAUCUUAUUUUUAUCUUUUUGCAUGUUUUAAAGAAACUCAUGGCACUUAUCUUACAUGGUUAAAUGAAUAUUUGUUUGCAAGUAGUAAGUUUUGUCUAACCAAAGACGUUAAAUCGGGCGACUUAUGGGAGAUAACCCAUUUACUUUUUUUUUAAGUGUUUUUAUUUACUCCCUCCGUCCCGCUAUACUCGUCCACUUUUGGCUUUUGGAACUGUUCAUCUAAGCACUUUGACUCAUCAAAUUCUCUCAAUGUAUAAGCCUAAAUAUAGUCAUUGACAACGUGUUUGCAUGCUAAUUUGAUUUCAAAAAAAAUACAAACUUUCUUCGUGGAAUCGACCUUAUUUGCCCUAGCUAUAGUUUUUAUUUGAUUAUAUAUUGGGGGUUAGCUAAGGAGUUUUAUAAAUUUUUAAUUUGUUUUGGACCGCACGACAAGUCUUCAACAAAUUUUUAAUAAGUUCUUUUGACUUUUUACUUCUAGUCGUUGUUUUUUUGAAAAACGCAAAAAAAAUUGAAAAAAAAAGUUAUGUUCAUGAGUUUAAUUGUUUAUUUGUAAAUUGUGCUUCUAACCAUCUACUUUGAGAGCUUUUUCCAAGAUUUGUUAAGUCAUAGGUGGAAGCAAAUCUGUUUGGAGUAAAAUCAGCAUCAUAAGAUGCAAAAUCUGAUUUGAAACGGCAACUCAAAGUGCCCGGGCGUUGGAUUUUUGGGCUAUAAACUGAAAAAUAUGCACUUUGUAAGUUGUUUUUUUAAUGCAGAAUCAAAAUUCUACACUUUUCACGGCUUAUAUGUUCAAAAUUAGAAAAAAAUCUACAUAUUUGAAAUCAGAUUUUUUUAUUCUUCAACGCUAAAAUACUUGAUCUUAGCCUUCUCUUUGCAGAUUUUAGGAUACAAGCACAAUAAGGAAGGGAAAGUGAUGAAUUGGUGCCUCAUAUACUUUUUUUUAAAUUUGCAUUUGACUUCCCAUCCUUUCUCCUUUACUUUUGUUGCAUUACUCCUCAUCCCCUUCUCUCUUGGCUUAUUAUUUUGGAUAUAU